AUGGUUGCUGGCAAAGUCAAAACGGCAAUGGGGUUGCAGAAGUCGCCGGCGACUACGAAACAGAAGUCCGACGCAUCACCGAAGCCGGGGUUAGUUGUUUCAUCGACGCCGAGCUCGGCGAAGAAUCAGCAGCAGCAGCAGAAGGGAUCCGCCGCCGCAUUCACGCGCUCGUUCGGGGUUUACUUCCCACGCGCCUCCGCGCAGGUUCAGCCACGGCCGCCGGACGUCACCGAGCUCCUCCGUCUGGUGGAAGAAUUGCGGGAGAGAGAGUCGCGGUUGAAGACGGAGCUUUUGGAGCAGAAGCUGCUUAAGGAGUCCGUUGCAAUUCUUCCUGUUCUGGAGAAGGAGAUUUCGAACAAGGACGCGGAAAUCGAGCGGUCGAGGAAGAAGAUCGAGUGUCUGGAAACGGAGAACGAGCGGCUGAGGGAGGAGAACGAGUUUCUGCACGUGGAGCUCACGAAGCAGAACCACAAGUACGAGGAGAAAAUCAAGUACAUGCAGAGUGAGCUUUCCGAUAUUAAACGAACAAUUGCGGGGAGAACACAAGAGCAAGAGGAUGCUUCUUCUUCGUCGACCACUCCCAAACUCAUCGAUGUAACCAACAGUUACCACAAAUCGAGCUUCUCCGCCAGGUGUUUGAGAAAAUGCCCCACUCAGAAUAGCACCGCCGCCAAUUUAUUCGAAAACAUAAAUUUGAAGAACGAAUUAGCUGAGGUGAAGAAAGAGGAAUUCGUUGAAGAUAUUCCAGAACAUUCCGUUGCGUUAAUGGGGAUAAGAUCCCGCGCUCCACGUGUCCCGAAGCCGCCGCCUCCGCGGCCGUCAGCCUCGCUUUUCUCGUCGUUUUCUUCGUCGGCGUCUUCGUCUCUGACAUCCUCCGUCUCUUCCCCUUGCUACGGUUCUCUAUCGGAUUCAGCCGACCGCGCGUUGGCUGAGAUUUCCAACAUUCCGCCGCCGCCUCCGCCGCCCAUGCCUUCGGCGAAACUCGCUCCACCGCCGCCACCUCCUCCGCCGCCACCACCUGUCAAUUCAAAAUCCACCGCGCCGCCGCCUCCUCCUCCACCUCCCAAGGGUUCGAAAUCGAAGCCGCCGCAGGAAAAGGUCCGUAGAAUCCCCGAGGUUGUCGAGUUUUACCACUCGCUAAUGCGGAGGGAUUUGAAUUUCCGGCGGGAUUCCGGCGGCGGAGGUGGCCCCUCCGAUGCGGCCGGAGCUUCGGCCAAGGACAUGAUCGGAGAAAUCGAGAACCGUUCGGCACAUUUACUGGCGAUUAAGACAGAUGUAGAAACACAAGGUGAUUUCAUCAGAUUCUUAAUUAAAGAAGUCGAAGGCGCUGCUUUUACCGACAUUGAAGAUGUUGUUCCCUUCGUUAAAUGGCUCGACGAUGAGCUUUCCUACCUGGUUGAUGAAAGGGCAGUGUUGAAGCAUUUCGAUUGGCCGGAACAGAAAGCAGAUGCAUUAAGAGAAGCUGCAUUCGGCUACUCUGAUUUAAAGAAGCUUGAAUCCGAAGCUUCUUCGUUUCGCGAUGAUCCGAGACAGCACAGCGGCCCCGCUCUAAAGAAAAUGCAGUCUUUGUUUGAAAAAUUGGAGCACGGUGUUUAUAAUCUUUCGAGAUUGAGAGAAUCGGCAUCGAAGCGAUAUAAACUGUAUCAAAUUCCGAUGAAUUGGAUGAUGGAUACUGGUUUCGUGAGUCAGAUCAAGCUGGCAUCGGUUAAAUUGGCCAUGAAGUACAUGAAGAGAGUAUCGGCUGAGCUUGGAAUCGUCGGUGGCGGUGGUCCUGAAGAAGAAGACCUUAUUCUUCAAGGCGUCAAGUUCGCCUUUCGAGUUCACCAGUUUGCUGGCGGAUUCGAUGUUGAGACGAUGAGAGCAUUUCAAGAACUUCGAGAUAAAGCUCAAUCGUGCUGCCAAAACCAAUCGAAAUUCGUCUGCAAAAACCCUCUUGCUAAUUAAUUAUUCUGUAGCAAACUCAGCUUCAGAUAUAUCUAUCUAUAUCUAUAUAUAUAGGCUACUACUACUACAACUUUUUUUUGUAAAGAAUAUAAAGAUUUGUGAACAUUCAAUAUUUAUUGAUUUAUUAAUUAAUUAAAUUCAUUAAUCAAAUAAGAGCAGCAUACAGAAGCUGGUUCCACGUGUCAGGCAAGCCAGGAAUACACCAAUGGCUGCAAUCCAAUCCACUGUGGUCUGGACUAUACUUAGUUGGGUGAGCAUCUUUCCUUAGCUGAGAGAGAGAUGUAAUAUCAAGUAGAUAAACUGGUUUCCUUAAACCAAACAAAACUUUGCUUACAACAUCUGCUGCUAUUGGUCUAUGUUGUGGAUAUCUGCCUCCAUUGAUUGGCUGUUGUUCACCCAUGCAGUUGUUUUUUGACCCCCAUUCUU